AUACACGAAAACGAGUGGGGAAAAAAAACGAGAGCGCGGGUCAUGCGAGACGAUUCUCAAAUAUUGUUGUUGCCCGUCGAUCGCGAACGAGGACCUUCGUCAGUUUAGCCGUAGACUGCUUCGCGUAUGUGCUUAACUGUUGUCGACUACGAGAUCUAUCCGAAUUCACAAUCGCGCAAUCAUGUUCCGCACAAAAUGCAAGGAGCACGAUCACUCGUCCUUUUACAAGUUCUUACAAAUGGAGCACAACCAUAAGAAUCUGGACUGCUACUUCUUCUACUAUUCUACGUGCAAAAAGGGCGACUUUUGCCCAUAUAGACAUGAACCAUCUGCUCUAGGUUGUGAAACUACGUGCACAUAUUGGCAACAAGGAAAUUGCCUUAAUGAGCACUGUAACUUCAGACACAUGGAAUUAAAGAAAAAUCGCAAGUCAAUUCCUUGUUAUUGGGAGACACAACCUGGAGGAUGUAGGAAACCACAUUGUCCAUUUAUGCAUGCGACUCCACGCAAUAUUACCAAUGAUCCUAUCAAUCCUGUGAAGACCACAGAAGUAGCAACAAAAUCUCCUAAUCAAGAAUGGCUCAACCGUCAAGAUGACCCCAAGUAUGACGGCAGCAGUACUACUGAGUCGGACCAAGGUAGAGGAAACAGCGAGGCUGGUAGUUUUAUCGGUAGUCCCGCCGUUGAUCCUCUCAUCGUCAAAUUUGAAGAAGAAUCCGAUAAUGAAAGUGCACCGUCACCGGUAAAAUCGCAACCCAAGGUACCGUACUGCAAGACCUACGAACAGAUGAGACUAGAGGAGAUCCAAGCGGAGAGCGCGGCAUAUUAUUCGUACGAGGCUGGAAACGAUGCCGGACUUUUCUGCAAUCAAGCGGAUAUUGGCAAGGCUAAGAGGAUCGGCGCUACUCGAUGGGUGAAUUCCCCCAAGAUAGAAGAACCGGUAAAGAAGCUAGACUUUAAAGUGUUGAGUCUGGAGGAGAUCCGACGACGAAAGAAGGAGAGAGAGCUGGCCGCUAAAGCUUCGACGAACGCGCCGGAGCCUUCGUCGCCGAUCGAAACGACGAGAAGCGUGAAGAAGCGUUCGAUCGAGCAGUGCGAUGAGGAGAGCUCGGUUAGUCCGGCAAAGAAGCGCAGGGUCAGCUCCGAGUUCGUCAAGAGUGGCGAACCCGCCAUCAAGAUACCACCUAUAAAACUGCGAAGGUCUCUGAAAAGCGCUAUUACAAAGGAUACCCAGACAAAAUCGUGCAAAGAUCCAGCCGGAACGGUGGAUGGUCAGGGUGCUGAAAUAUCGUGUCGCGAGAGGCUGGAGAGCCAUAGCGACGAAUCGACUAAUGCGAACAGGAGAAGCGAGGUGGAGGUCAGACUGUGCGACAGCAGUACAGACGAGGAGAAAAUUCAAACGCAACCGGAACAAGCGACGGAUGACAGGAAAUCGGUCGCCACGUACACGACGGAGGAUAUCAUGAGUAGCGCGCUAUUGGCCGGUGGUCGAUCGUACGCGAAUACCGAAGAUGAGUACCUGAGAAUAGAUGCAUCGUCCGAUGAUAUUAUGAGAGAUAUCGAAGACUUGCUCAAGUAGAAAAACUGCGAUUUAAGCGACUUUAAACGAAUCUAUGCGUAAGUAGAGAUACUGAGUCUUAUACUCUGCGCCCUUUUUCUCCAAGGUUCAAAAAUGUCUUAAAAAAUUUUAUAUAAAAAUAACAUCUAUUCUUUUUUUUAAUAUUUGGAUGGAUAUAAAUAAAUAGCUUAAUUAAAAAAGAAGGAUCAUAUCGUUACGAUCUUUAGACAAUUAUAAUAUUUAAUCAAUCGUUGAUAGUUCCAUUUUACGCUUCAGCUUCAGUAAAUUAUGUUACGUCUUAAUCUUAUUAUUCCGAAUUGAAAAUGGCGCAUUAAUUUUAGCAUGCACAUAAAUCAGCAUUUCUCUUAUAUCUGACUUCAGUCAUAUCCCUUUUUUAUCUUGUUAUGAAAUUCUCGUGAAAAAUUCGAAUCAAUAAUAAUAAAUAUGAUAUUCCAAAUGUGCAGUGUAUAAACAUUACUUAGAGAUGUGCAUGAAAGUUAAAUUAAAAUAUAGUAAUCGGAUUGAUACGGAAUGAUAUAUCGUUGCACAUUUUGAAAUUUUGAAAUGAAUAAUAAAUUUUUCGAAAUACACGCAUAAUAAUAAAAGAGAGUAAAUUCUAUACUUCGAAGUCUUUAAUACUUACUUUAAUCGAUAUCAUAUAUGCCUUUAAUGUUAAGACUCUUGAUCCCUUAUUAACGUCAUAUAUUGAAUUAGGAUGUCAGAAAUCGUGUGAAUUAUUUUCUUGCGAAAUAUUAGAAUUGUCGAAAUAAAUCAGUUUUUUUUUUUCAAUUUGUCAUCAUUCGUGAUAAUAUAAAUCAGUAAAAUAUAUCGAAAAUUAUCUUUUUGAUUUGUUAAAUUAAUUAAUAAAUAGCUGCAAAUCCUAAUCAGUUGUCCAUUUAAAAAUCUAAAUUAAUCUUAAUCAUUUGUCCACAAGGGCCCAUUUGUUGGAAAUAGGAUUGCAAUAUAAAUUAUAUAUACAUUUAUUUAUAAAAAAAGUGCUUUCGGUAUAUCUUACCGCUCUACUGAACGGAUGAUAACAUAUGAGUAAAACUAAUCUAUUUUGACAUAUUCCAUAAAAAAAAUAUUCACGAUUUUUUACUUCAUAAUUCAGUAUGACUACAGGAAAUGGGAGCCUUAAAGACUUAGGCUAUAUAUUGAAUGUAUCUAUUAUAUAUUAUUAUUUUUAAAACCUGUAAACAUUUUGUUUUUUUACCAAAUUAUGCGAUAACUAUAAUAAUGUUAUAGUUAUAUAGAAUUGUAUGAUAAUAUUAUAUAUAUAUAUAUACACACUGUUGCAAUUUUUUAAUAAAUGUCCGCUGGGCUUUAUAUAACUCUGGUAUUACUUCUCUUACUAUUCAAUAAUCCGUUAAUAUAUCACAAAAGUAUAACUUCUUAAGUAAGCCUAAAGAAAGAAUUAAAUAUGGACUUUUAUAAUUUAUGCACAUUUUUAUAAUGUUGUUAUCGAUUUUAAUAAUUAAUUGAUUAUAAUCAAAGCACAAUGUUGUCAUAUCAGUGCUAAUUUAGUCUUACCCAUGAGAGUUUCUUUUUUUGCAUUCGCAGAAAUAAUCCAGGGUUAAUCGCGCCAGCAGAUCUAUAUCGCAAUUGAUAAUUUCUAAUGAGGAUUUAGGAAAUACAACAUGUCUUCGAAUGUAAAUUAAUUAUUAAGUCGAAAUAAAUAUACAAUUGUUACAUUUGCAAGG